AUGCGAGAGUCGGAAAACGAGGGCGCAGCAGUGCCGUCAGUAGUGGACGCGAACAAGAGGCAGCGUAUGCGUCGGGGCGGCACUCUCAUGGCGGCAAUAUUUGCUGGCGAGGCCGACGGUGCUUCCUCCGAUCUCCGAACCUCGUUACAACUAAAUCAAAAGCUCCAGUCGGUACUCGAGGACACGCUUUACAAGAAUCUCACCCUCAAGGAAAAUGUCGACACCCUUGCCGACGAAGUCGCCAGACUUAAACGGGCCAACAAGGAGCUGAAGAGCCUAGUCGCAACCCAGUCGGAUUCGUCAACAGUCGAUCCCCACCGAUGA